AUGUCAUUGCCUGCGCAACACUCUGUAGACAAUGGCUACGGUGAAGGAGGGGCAGGCUCUGAGUUCAGCUCCACCGCCAUUCAUCUCGCUCUCCUUUUCACCAUUGUCGGCACCUGUAUAUCUUUGUUGUCCGUGUGGCUUCAUUGGAAGAAUUACCGUAAACCGAAUCAACAACGUCAGGUCACCCGAAUCUUGUGGAUGGUACCGAUUUACGGGAUCAGUACGUUUGUUUCGCUGGUGUCGUUGGAUGUGGCUUUCUAUGUCGACACAUUUCGAGAUAUCUACGAAGCGUUUGUCAUCUAUGCGUUUUUUAAUUUAUUGCUGAAUAAGCUUGGCGGAGAGCGAGCGCUGAUUAUCAUGCUUCACUCCCGUCCGCCCACCGAGAACUUUUUUCCGGGCACACUGUGGUCGCGGGAGAUCUAUGUGGGUGAUCCAUACACGUUCUUGUUCGUUAAACGAGGCAUCUUGCAAUUUGUCUAUGUGAAACCCAUUUUGGCCGUACUCACUAUGAUCCUCAAGGCGGUCGGCAAGUACCACGAUGGCGAGAUCAGCUGGUCAAGCUCCUACCUCUACCUGACCUUUUUUUACAAUCUCAGCGUCUGUCUAAGCUUAUGGUGUCUCAUGGUGUUUUUCUACGCCACCAAAAAAGAUCUAGUAGGGUUCAGACCCUUUCCCAAAUUUCUUUGCGUCAAAGCCAUCAUCUUUUUUUCCUUUUGGCAGAGUGUCAUCAUCGCGCUCCUGGCCUCCGCAGGCAUCAUUCCUGAUGAUGGUUCCGAGCACAUCUCUGUCGCCAUCCAAGAUUUCUUGAUUUGCCUCGAAAUGGUACCGGCUGCCAUUGCUCACUCCUUUGCCUUUUCAUAUGAGGAUUACUAUGAUCCAAAUGUACAUUCGGCUCGCAUGCCUGUGUAUGGAGCGAUUCGUGAUUCGUUUGGCUUGAAGGAUGUUUUCAUGGAUACACUGGAUACGCUACGUGGAUCCGGAUUCAGUUACCGAUCCUUUGAACCUUCAGAAGGCAUGCCGCAUAUUGGAAGCAGCCGCACAUCACGUAUCAUGGCAGGUUUACGAUACUCAACAAGUACAGCCAAGAAGCAUUGGCUGGAGCCGGCGCCCACUUCGAAAUUUCUUACGGGUGGCAAAGGAAUCAAUGAGGAAAUUGUCAUCGAGGCCUCGGAACCUUUGGAAUUUGAAGAUCCCGAUCCUUCAGACGAAGUGGAAGAGUACUAUGCCAGCAGUAAAACAAUGAUCUUUGGCGAUUACAAUUAUCCUGUCAUUGAUCCUCGAGCGCCUCUGUGGCGACAAGUGCGUACUCCCCUAGGUUACGGCGGUGUCACGUUUCAUCGUUCUAGUUCACCAUCUUACCAACGGUUACCAUCGAUGGAAAAUGGCGGCGGCAGAAAUAAGAGCAAGAACUACAAAGCAUGGCCCGCCAAUUCCAUUGGACAAAGGGAAGGGUGCAUCGAUGUCAUUGUAGAAAGAGGGCGAGGGAAUUUCGUCGUGGUAGCGAACACAGAUGAAGAGGAAUCAGACACCGACCUUCCUUCUGUCAGCACCAUCGCGAAAAAACCGAAACCACCCAUGACCAAACCGUCACCCAACAGCAACUCGGCAACUGCGGAAAGAUCGCCACUGCCUCCCAACGCUAUGCGAGAACAAGCAUUUAGAAAUCAUCCGCACUUACCCGUUUCAUCCCCUCAAAAUCAACCCCGCCCGUCUCAUUCCACGCCUCAAAAGCGUAUACCCGCCUCACCACCGAGCCACCCUUCGUCUACAUCACUUGACACGACCUUAUUUGCCCCUCAAUCAUUACCGCAAUCUCAGCUCACCUCAUUCCCAAGCCCAUUUGAAGAUACAGACUCUUGGCAAUCUUCUUCCCAUCAUGCAAGCACUCCUACCCUUAGUGUAGAUGAAGAUCAGGAUAUUUAUCUCACAGGAAAUGUCUGGAAAUAG